ACACGGAUUUUGGCAUCUCAGUUUGGACUUUGACUGUCUUCGCCAGUUCAAUGCUCAGUGCUCAACAAAUUCUCUCUCCUCCCUUCCGGAUGGCUGGAGCAGUGAUGGACAGCAUUGUGAUCCUUGACGAUGACGAUGAAGAAGCUUCCACGUCUGCAUCUACCUCCUGUUCUCAUGCUACGAACUGCCAGCCAAAAAUGCCUGUGAAGAACCAGCUGCCGCCUCCAACACACAUCACACGGUCUCCGUUCGCCUCCGCAAAGAAGGAUGUGCAUGUCCUGCAGAAGGAGAAUGAGAAACUCUUCGCAGAGUUUGUGGAUCAUUGCUCCAAACACUCGCAAGAUCAUCCGGAGGUCAUGACCUACCUGCAGACCAGAUACUCCAAGGCGCUGCCGACCUUCCUGACAUCGGUGGAGUUCCGUAACACUCUGGGCCGCUGCCUCACACGAGCCCAGGCCAACGCUGGCAAAACCUUCGUCUUCAUUAACGAACUCUGCACCGUUCUUAAACAGCACACAGCUCGGAAAAGGAGCUCCAUACAGGCUGUGCCCUCCCAAACAAAACCUGAGCAAAAGAGCAAUGGGACAAAUGUAGCGGAGGAGGUGCUGGUUAAAGGAGAAGAGGAAAAGCAAGAGGGCGACGAGGAAACGAAGAAAACGAAAAGGGCUUCCAGGAGACAGAUAGCAUACCUGGAAAACCUGCUGAAGGUGUAUAAUGAGGAGAUCCGACGGCUUCAGGAGCGGGAGCUGAGCGUGGAGGAUCUGGAGAAGGAGGACUCCAGUUAUAUUCAGGAGCACACGCUCAAACGCAAGAUGAUGAAGAUCUAUGAGAAACUGUGUGAGCUGAAGGGCUGCAACAUGCUGACGGGGCGAGUGAUCGAGCAGAAGAUUGCCUACAGUGGAACACGAUACCCAGAGAUCAACAAAAAGAUUGAACGUUAUAUUAACAGUCCAGAAGCUCUUUAUAAUCCACCGGACUACACGGAUAUCCUGAAGGUGGCUCAGCGCGCCAACGAACGCUACAAUCUCCAGCUCACCCGCAAACAGAUAACACAAAUCGCUCAAGAAGCCUUCAGGGAGACAGGCAACAAACUGCAGGAGAGACGCCAUCUUGACAUGGUCUACAACUUCGGCUCCCACCUCACAGAUUCCUACAAACCCACGUUAGACCCUGCACUCACUGAUCCAGCACUGCAUCGCAAGCUCCGCUCAAACAGAGACGUGGCUCUCAGCAGCCUGGAGGACGUGAUCACCAAAUACGCCAAUAAACAGGAAGACGUGGAGGUAGAGGAAGUGAGGAAGAAACAAGAGAAAGACAGACAGAAAAAGGAGGCACUUAAUGGGCAGCAGAGUGACAGCAAAGAAAAAGAGAGGGAGGAACAGGGAGAAAAAGAGGAGGAGGAAGAUGAAGAAGAGGAUGAUUCCUCUGAUCCUGACAUUGAAAAGGAGAUCCAAGCCAGUCAAGAGCAAGCUGGUCCAGAUGAUGAUGAAGAGGAUGUUGAAGAGGAGCAGUUGAACACCAGUGACAAUGAUCAGCCGAUGGAUGAGAACUCUCCUCUGUCAAUCAAAUCAUCCGUGCAGGACACAGAGGAGGAUCAGGGCGAUGACGACCAGCGAUCUCCAGCCAGCAGCUCACAUGAGGAGGGACCUGUGGAAACGAGCACAAACGGCAGACCUGUGAAACAAAGCCCUUCAUCCACAGAGAGCGUCAGUCAGUCAGAGACCAUGGACUGGUUGCCUAUCAGCAAAACAGAACUGAUUUCCACUAAUCACAUUAAAUCUGUUUCUGAAAGCACGGCUAACUGCACUGAGACUCUCUCCACCGAUCAGGACUCGCCGUCAACCCCCGUGAGAUCAGCCAACUGCAGUCCUCUACCUCCAACAAGCCCUUUACUGAUCGACGAGAUGGGCAACUACAAGAAGAGGAAACGACCCUCGACUGGAAACCAAACGGCCGCCUACAAUGGGAACUGCACACAUGACAGUGAUAUUCCUCUGGAUAUGGGUGUGAUCUGCUGCCCUGGGGAAGUAGACUUGUCCAGGACGAUGGUCAGAAGCGCACGAGCCACACCACCUCCUAAGAAAAAUAAGGUGAACGUGGCGACUCAGUGUGACCCAGAUGAAGUGAUCGUUCUGUCUGAUUCAGAUUGAGUUCUCAUCCUGCUCCAAUAGUGCCUGCCAAUGUGAACAGAGAACAAAAAAAACUCAUUUUUUAUUUUGGACCGGUUCAAUCAGGUUUUGAACUUCCGCCACUGAGACGCAAUGCCACUGUUUACUUUUUAUACAAGGGAAAAUGGCAUGCCGUUAUUCAUUCAGGCUUUUUAGAGGUAUUUUGGUAAAUUGUAAAUGGGUCUUGCCUCUAAACAUUCUUACUCCAAGGGUUUAUCUUGUAUUAUACUUAUGGUUUUAGUUUGAGGGUUUGGAUGCAAUCCUCAUUUGUGCUUGGAGUCAUGACGGGAAGUGAGCUUUCUCUCCUCAACUCAAUAAAUGCGCUCAUUUUGUCUAGUGUUUGACUUAAAUGUUGAUAACUUUGUACAGUGCACUGUGGAUUUUUUUUAAGCAGCUCUAGAAAUAAUUUCCCACAAGUUAUGAGCUACUUGACAUGCUCCAAUUUACAAAUGUUGGAAGAGUUGUUCAGAUUACAUAUUAAAGAAGUAGUUCACACUAAAAAAUAAAAAUUCAGACUUUUACUUUUUUUUUGUGGAAUACAGAAAAAUAUCAGUAUAUGGAUUCACAAGGACAUAAAAUAUAGACUGAAUUUUUAUUUUUGGGCGAAGUGUACCUUCAACUGGCCUCAGGUGACAAAGCACAAGAGUUAUGUGUCCUCUUACACACUUGACGUUUGGUAUUGAGAAGAUUUCUGUAAACUGCUGAUGAUUGAUCUAUUAAAUUGAUCAAUAUUGUCAUUUAAAAUGGUUUUUAAUUACUCUGCUUAACUAAUUGAGGAUUUAACUGGCAUGAAAAUGGACAAGGUACAUCAAAUGAAUGGUAACCAUAUUAAAUUUGUUGUAAUAAGCAUUUAUAUUAAUAACCAGGUUUGUAUUCUAUGUGCAAAACUGGCUUUGAAUGUUAAAUUUUAUUGUUCUAAGGCCAUACAUUUUUUAUUGCACCAGUCUGGUGGAUAAAUAGCACCUUAUUUUAUAAUAAUAAUUUAUU